AUGCUCUCCGCAGAGGCGCUGUUGCUUCUGGGGAUUCUGCUGACCACUCCAUUGGACCCCGCAGGCCAGGGCCAGGACAAGCACUCGGUGCCCUGGGAAGUCCAGCGCUACGACGGCUGGUUCAACAACCUGCGGCACCAUGAGCGCGGUUCGGCCGGUUUGCGGCUGCAGCGCCUCGUCCGAGCCAAUUACGCAGACGGGGUGUACCAAGCGCUGCAGGAGCCGCUACUCCCCAACCCUCGGAGGCUCAGCGACGCGGCCACGAAGGGCACUGCGGGCCUGGCAUCCAGCAAGAACCGCACAGUGCUGGGGCUCUUCUUUGGCUACCACGUGCUGUCGGACCUGGUGAGCGUGGACACGCCCGGCUGCCCCGCCGAGUUCCUCAACAUCCACAUCCCGCCCGGAGACCCCGUGUUCGACCCCCGCGGCCGGGGGGACGUGGUCCUGCCCUUCCAGAGGAGCCGCUGGGACCCCCGCACCGGCCAGAGCCCCGGCCAACCCCGAGACCUGACCAACGAGGCGACAGGCUGGCUGGACGGCAGCGCCAUCUACGGCCCCUCGCAGUCCUGGAGCGACGCGCUGCGCAGCUUCUCGGGCGGGCAGCUGGCGUCGGGGCCGGAGCCCGGCUUCCCCCGGGACGCAGCGAGCCCGCUGCUGGCCUGGAGCGCGCCCGACCCGGCCACGGGGCAGCGGGGGCCGCGGGGGCUCUACGCCUUCGGGGCGGCGCGCGGCAACCGGGAGCCCUUCUCGCGCGCGCUGGGCCUGCUGUGGUUCGGCUUCCACAACGCGUGCGCGCGGAGGCUGGCGGCCCGGCACCCGGCCUGGCGCGACGAGCAGCUCUUCCAGCACGCGCGCAGGACGGUCGUCGCCACCUACCAGAGCAUCGCCAUGUACGAGUGGCUGCCCAGCUUCCUGGGGGAGCAGCCCCCCAAAUAUGCAGGGUACCGCCCUUUCCUGGACCCCAGCAUCUCUCCAGAGUUCGUGGUGGCCUCGGAACAGUUUUUCUCCACCAUGGUGCCUCCUGGAGUCUACAUGAGAAAUGCCAGCUGUCAUUUCCAGAAGAUCCUUAACCCGGACCACAGCAGCUCUCCAGCUCUCAGAGUCUGCAACAGCUACUGGUCUCGUGAGAAUCCCAAUCUGAACAGCCCCCAAGCAAUGGAGCAUCUACUACUGGGAAUGGCAUCCCAGAUUUCAGAGUUGGAGGAUAGGGUAGUUGUUGAAGAUAUGAGAGAUUACUGGCCCGGCCCUGGCAAGUUCUCCCGCACAGACUAUGUGGCCAGCAGCAUCCAACGUGGACGAGACAUGGGGCUGCCCAGCUAUACUCAAGCCCUGCAGGCCCUUGGGCUAAAAGUCCCAAAGAACUGGACUGAACUAAACCCAAGUGUGGACUCCCAGGUGCUGGAGGCUGUAGCUGCCUUGUACAACCACGACCUGUCCCUGCUGGAGCUACUUCCUGGGGGGCUCCUGGAGAGCCAGGGGAAUCCUGGACCCCUCUUCCAUGCCAUUGUGCUUGACCAGUUUGUGCGACUGCGGGAUGGUGACCGGUACUGGUUUGAGAACACCAAGAAUGGGCUGUUUUCUGAGGAGGAAAUUGCAGAAAUAAGAAACACUACUCUGCGGGACGUGGUGGUGGCUGUCACCAACGUGACCCCGAGUGCUCUGCAACCCAGAGUCUUUGUCUGGCAAGAAGGUGACCCUUGCCCUCAGCCUGAGCAACUCACAACUGCAGACUUGCCCCCCUGUGUGCCCCUGACCGAGUUGAAUUAUUUUGAGGGCAGUGGUCCUGGCUUUGGAAUCACCCUGGUGGCUCUCUGCUGUCUUCCACUAGUGAGUCUGCUUAUCUCUGGGCUGGUGGCUCACUUCCGGACACGAGAAUUCAAGAAGCUACAGAAGAAAGGCAGAGAGAGUGUGAAGAAAGAAGCACACAAAGAUGGACUGCCAGCCUUGGAGUGGCUUGGCCCCAAGGACAAGAGUCACCCCGUCAUCAUCCAGUUGCUCCCAGAUGAGGGCGUGCGGGUCCUGGACCAGCAUCUCACCGUGCUCCGGACCAUCCAGCUACGGCCCCCACAGCAGGUCAUCCUUCUCCUGUCUAGCAACCGUGGCCGCCGUACUCUAUUGCUCAAGAUCCCCAAGGAGUAUGACCUGGUACUGCUGUUUAACUCAGAGGAGGAGCGGGACACCUUGGUGCAGCAGCUGCAGGAACUCUGUGUGCCCUCGAUGCUGGGAAUUGAGGUGAUAGAGAUGACUGAGAAGGAGCUGCUCCUGAUGGCUAUAACGAAGCAGCAGCGAGGCCGCAUCCUGGAGGUUUUCUUCAGACAUCUUUUUGCCCAGGUGUUGGACAUUAAUCAGGCUGAUGCGGGGAUGCUGCCCCUAGACUCCUCCCAGAAGGUGCAGGAGGCCCUGACCUGUGAGCUGAGCAGAGCUGAGUUCGCUGAGUCCCUUGGUCUCAAGCCCCAGCACAUUUUUGUGGAGUCCAUGUUCUCUCUGGCCGACAAGGAUGGCAAUGGCUACCUGUCCUUCAGGGAGUUCCUGGACAUCCUGGUGGUCUUCAUGAAUGGCUCCCCAGAGGACAAGUCCCGCCUGAUGUUCACCAUGUAUGACCUUGAUAGGAAUGACUGCCUCUCCAGGGAAGAAUUCUUCACUAUGAUGCGCUCCUUCAUCGAGAUCUCCAACAACUGCCUAACCAAGGCCCAGCUGACUGAGGUGGUGGAGUCCAUGUUCCGGGAGUCAGGCUUCCAGGACAAGGAGGAGCUGACGUGGGAGGACUUCCACUUCAUGCUGCGGGACCACAAUACUGAGCUCCAGGCCACAAAGCUCUGCCUCAAAGAUGGAGGUAUGGGAGGUGUAGGUAUAGGAGAUAUUUUUAAACCCAAGAUCAGUUGUCGAGUUUCAUUCAUCUCUCGGACUCCUGCAGGAUGCUCCAGCCCCAAGGGAGUGGAACUGCCUACUUCAGAAACUCCAGAACUGGGAGGUCUGAGGCUGAAGAAGAGGUUUGGUAAAAAGUCCAUGGGACCUCGUGCUCGACUGUACACAGAGGCCCAGCAGGAGAAGAUAGAGCGAGGCUAUCUGGCCCAGAAGCUUAAGCAAUACAAACGUUUUGUGGAAAACUACAGGCGACAUAUUGUCUGCGUGGUGGUGUUCUCAGCCAUCUGUGCCGGCCUCUUUGCAGAACGUGCAUACUACUACGCCUUUGUCUCACACUCAAGCAUCUCAGAGACCACCUUUGUGGGUAUCAUCCUGUCCCGGGGUACAGCGGCCAGCAUCUCCUUCAUGUUCUCCUACAUCCUGCUCACCAUGUGCCGCAACCUCAUCACCUUCCUGCGUGAAACCUUCCUCAACCGCUAUGUGCCCUUCGACGCUGCCGUGGACUUCCACCGCUGGAUCGCCAUGGCUGCUGUCAUCCUGUCUAUUUUGCACAGUGCCGGCCAUGCGGUCAAUAUCUAUAUCUUCUCAGUCAGCCCUCUCAGCCUGCUGGCUUGCAUCCUCCCCAAUGUCUUUGUGAAUGAUGGAUCCAAGCUACCCCAAAAGUUCUACUGGUGGUUCUUCCAGACUGUUCCAGGUAUGACCGGAAUACUCCUACUCCUGGUCUUGGCCAUCAUGUAUGUCUUUGCCUCCCACCACUUCCGGCGCCGCAGUUUCAGGGGCUUCUGGCUGACCCACCACCUCUACAUCUUGCUCUACGUGCUGAUUAUCAUCCAUGGCAGUUUAGGCCUGAUCCAGCUGCCUCGUUUCCAUAUUUACUUCCUGGUCCCUGCACUCAUCUAUGGGGGAGACAAACUGGUGAGCUUGAGCCGGAAGAAGGUGGAGAUUGGAGUCGUGAAGGCAGAGCUGUUGCCCUCAGGAGUGACUCACCUGCAGUUCCAGCGACCCCAAGGCUUUGAGUACAAGUCAGGACAGUGGGUGCGGAUCGCCUGCCUGGCUCUGGGGACCAAUGAGUAUCAUCCCUUCACACUGACAUCUGCGCCCCACGAAGACACACUGAGCCUACACAUCCGGGCAGCAGGACCAUGGACCACUCGCCUCAGGGAGACCUACUCAACCCCGCUUGAUGAUACCUAUGCCAGAUACCCAAAGCUAUACCUUGAUGGACCAUUUGGAGAAGGCCAUCAGGAGUGGCAUAAGUUUGAGGUGUCCGUGCUGGUGGGAGGGGGCAUUGGAGUCACCCCCUUUGCCUCCAUCCUCAAAGACCUGGUCUUCAAGUCGUCCUUGGGCAGCCAAAUGCUCUGUAAAAAAAUCUACUUCAUCUGGGUGACACGCACGCAGCGCCAGUUCGAGUGGCUGACCGACAUCAUCCGAGAGGUGGAGGAGAACGAUCGCCAGGACCUGGUGUCGGUGCACAUCUACAUCACGCAGCUGGCGGAGAAGUUCGACCUCAGGACCACCAUGCUGUAUAUCUGCGAGAGGCACUUCCAGAAGGUGCUGAACCGGAGUCUGUUCACGGGCCUGCGCUCUGUCACCCAUUUUGGUCGCCCCCCCUUUGAGCCCUUCUUCAACUCCCUGCAGGAGGUCCACCCACAGGUGCGGAAGAUUGGGGUGUUCAGCUGCGGUCCCCCAGGGAUGACCAAGAAUGUAGAGAAAGCCUGUCAGAGCAUCAACAGGAAGGAUCAGGCCCACUUUAUGCAUCACUAUGAGAACUUCUAAGCUCAGUUUCCUUCAGAUUUCCUGCUGAGGGGCUUACUGCUAGCACUAUCUGUCAGAGUCUGAGGCCUCUAUGGGAGAGCUGGAUGUGCCUCUUCCUCCUCGUUCUCUCUGUCCCAUGCACUGAGAAUCUAGAAGAAAAAAAAAAAAAAAAACACCAGCUCAAGUCACAACAGAUUGUGAUAGAUACUGUAGGGAAGAUUAGCCUCUGCCUUG